AUGGACCUAAGAGUGGGUGGCAAGUAUAAGCUCAAGAAGAAGCUUGGCAGUGGUGCAUUCGGAGACAUCUACCUUGCAGAAGAUGUGAAGAAGUCGAUAUAGAAGUCGCAGUCAAGCUUGAGCCUGUGAAAACUAAGUUUCCUCAACUUCUGUAUGAGACCAAGUUAUAUAAAUUAUUUGCAGGUGGAAAUGGAAUCCCAAAAAUCUACUGGGCAGGCACAGAAGGCGAUUAUAACGUAAUGGUUAUGGAACUUCUUGGGCCUAGUCUUGAAGAUCUUGUUAAGCAUUGUGAAAAUAGGUUUUCAGUUAAAACUGUCUGAAUGAUCGCUGAUCAAUUAUUCCAAAGAAUCGAAUUCGUCCAUGCUAAGAACUUCUUACAUCGAGAUAUUAAGCCAGAUAAUUUCUUAAUAGGGCUUAAUAAGAAAGCACAUAUGAUAUAUAUGAUCGAUUUUGGGUUAGCCAAGAGAUUUAGAAAUUCAAAAACAGGGGAUCAUAUUCCAUACAGAGAUGGAAAAAGUCUAACUGGAACUGCUAGGUAUGCCUCUGUCAACACACAUCUCGGAGUAGAGCAAUCAAGAAGAGACGACAUUGAAGGUAUUGGUUUCGUCUUAAUGUACUUCCUGAAGGGUAAAUUACCUUGGAUGGGGAUUCAAGCUAAAACCAAGGAUGAAAAAUAUGAAAAAAUAAAAGAUAAGAAAAUAUCAGUUACAAUAGAACAACUUUGCAAAGGAUUCCCAAAAGAAUUUGCAAAGUUUUUUGAAAGCUGAAGAAAUCUUGGCUUCGAAGAUAAACCUGAUUAUUCAGGUUACAGAAGGAUGUUUUCUGAUCUCAUGACUCAAGAAGGUUACUCUUAUGAUUUCACCUAUGAUUGGCUAUUGAAAAAGAGUGAAAGAGAGACUCUAAGAGAAGAGAAGAAAGAACCUAAAAUGACCAAAGCAGAAAAAUUCAGACUAACUCAAGAAGACUAUAAAAAGAAGGAGCCUGAAGAUAAAUUAGAGGAAAAGAAGAUUUCUAAAGAUCCCUCAGCCCUCAAACCAGUUUCUAAAAAGCCUAAGGAGGAUAAGAAGACUAAAACUAAAAAAGAGGAACAGAAAAAGCCGGAUAUAUACUCUGCAAUGAAGGAUGCUGGGUUUGGCUCUGCCAAACCCAAGAUCGUUACUAGCAAAGUACGCAAUUAUCGGUAUUAG